AUGUACCUCUGCGGAGCACGCGAGCUCGUGUCCUGCAUCGCGCAUCGAGUCGGAUUCGGAGACAUGGAAUGCUCCAAGAUCGCGCUGGCGCUCGAUGAAGCGAUGUGCAAUGUCAUUCGUCACGGCUACAACAAAGAGACCAAUCGUCCGAUCUGGUUGACGAUCUAUCCACAGAAACCAGACGCCGACAGCUUCGGAGGGAUCGAGAUCAUCAUCGAAGACGAAGCGAAGCAGAUCAAUCCCGACAACAUCGUUGGACGCGAUCUAGAGGACAUCCGUCCAGGUGGAUUGGGUGUGCACAUCAUGCGCGAGGUCAUGGACGAGGUCGUCUUUGAGAAGCGAGAAUCCAAGGGAAUGAGACUUCGCAUGAGCAAAUCAGAUGACCUGUGUCGUCAAUGGAUCGAGCAGCGAAGGGACAUGAUGGCAGCUUCAGACAAUGACUUUGUUCGAAUUGAGAACCCCGCCGAUGGCGUGACUGUGCUGGUCCCCACGGCGGAUAUUGAUAUGAGCCGAUCCCCAGAUCUGCGCAGCUCGAUCAAAGGGGAGCUCAAGCCUGGACUCGAACGGAUGAUCAUCGAUCUUUCCGAGGUCCAGUACAUGGACUCAUCGGGACUCGCGACUCUUGUGGAAGCGAUGCGUCUUGCGAAGAAGGAAGCUGUGGGUCUGCACCUCGCGUCGAUGACGGACAAAGUCCGCGCGAUCUUCGAGAUCGCUCGUCUUGAUGCGUUCUUCAGCAUCAAGGACACUCGUCAGGAUGCGCUCGAUGCGUGA